CUGGCAUCGCGCACUCGAGCGCCAAGUUAAUUUGCAAACGCUGCUCAUACGCUGCGGAGGCAAGAAGCAAAGCCAAAACAUACAGAGCAAAAACGCCUCCGGCCACAGUUACUGGCAGUGUGACCAAAGCGCGUGCGUGCUCAGCGUCCACUUUGGCCUUAUUCGCAAACACAGCUACAGCUACACUCACACACACGCACAGACAGGCAUAGCGCCACGCACACACAGUCAAAGCGAACGUUCGCAGUCUUCAUCUCGUGUCGCUCCUCAACUCAACAAAAUCGUCUCGAUGUUUGACGCCCAAAUGCCCAAUCUGAAGACGCCAAGUGUGCCCAGCCGCGCGCACAGUUUCCCGUUAUAACGAAUGCCACUCCCACACACAGCAGCACUCACCAAAGCAAGCCACCAAACUAGAGCAGCACUAGCUUAAGCCUAAGCCACCAUACAUAAAGCCAACUAUAUAUUAACUGCUAGAUCUAAGUAGCCAAUGCCAAAUAGAAUGAUAAUGGAUAAGACGGAGGUAGCAGGCGAAAGUGCCUGGACGAAGCUGCUCAGCGAGGACAACACGAAGACACCUGUUAUUAUCAAGUCCAACAACAACAACAACAACAGCACCAGCGUCAGCAAGGACAACAAGGAGACGGCCGCACUCCACGUGGAGCAGCUCAGCAUUAAUGCGCUGCCAGCGAGCGCAAGCGCUGAUCCCGUUGCGGACUCCAGUGCCAACACCGAGCAGGUUUACAAUCGCAGCGCCACUUAUGGAUCGGGCAUCAACAGUGCCGGCGGCGAGUCGAGCGGCAGCGGCACCUUGCUCUCCCGCAAGGAAUCCUUCCUCGGCUCAUUUCACAAGCAAAUCAGGCGCUCCAUCAAGGCGGUCAGCGAGUCGCCAGGACCAUUAACUAGGUAUCGGCAGACGCGCUUUAGCUCACGCCGCUUGCGGAAACGUGUCGUCUUCAAGCAUGGCGAAUGCAACGUGGUGCAAGGCAACGUGGCCAAGAGACGCCGUCGCUAUCUGCAGGACAUCUUCACCACGCUCGUGGACGCUCAGUGGCGCUGGACGCUGCUGGUGUUUGCGGCCAGUUUUGUCUUCUCCUGGGCAUUCUUUGGCGUCAUCUGGUGGAUCAUAGCGUUUGCCCACAACGAUCUGGAGUAUAUAUAUCUGCGUAAUACACAGCCGGAACUGAUUGUCAACAUGACGCACACGGUGUGCGUGACGGAGGUGAAGGGCAUGAUGACGGCGUUCCUCUACUCUGUGGAGACGCAAACGACCAUCGGCUAUGGCAAUCGCUAUGUGACCGAGGAGUGCCCGGAGGCCAUAUUCACGAUGUGCAUACAGUGCAUCACGGGCGUUUUCAUUCAGGCCUUCAUGGUGGGCAUUGUCUUUGCCAAGCUGUCGCGGCCCAAGAAGCGCGCCCAGACGCUGCUCUUCUCCAGAAACGCUGUCAUCUGUCACAGGGAUGGAACACCGUGUUUGAUGUUCCGCGUGGGCGAUAUGCGCAAGUCGCACAUCAUCGAGGCUCACGUCCGUGCCCAGGUUAUACGCAAGAAGGUGACCAAGGAGGGCGAGGUGCUGCCCUUCUAUCAGCAGGAGCUGCAUGUGGGCGCCGAUGGUGGCGAGGACCGGCUGAUGUUCAUCUGGCCCACGACCAUUGUGCAUAAGAUCGAUCGCAAUAGUCCACUCUACAUGCUCUCCGCCUCGGACAUGCUCAAGGAGCGCUUCGAGGUGGUCGUCAUGCUGGAGGGCGUCAUUGAGUCCACGGGCAUGACGACGCAAGCGCGCAGCAGCUACCUGCCCUCGGAGAUACUGUGGGGCCAUCGGUUCGUCAAUGUGGUGUCCUUCCGCAAGGAGACGGGCGAGUACGAGGUGGACUACACGCUCUUCAACAACACCUACGACGUGGACACGCCCCUGUGCAGUGCCAAGCAGCUGGACGAGCUCAAGUCGGAGUGCACGCGCAGUGCCAAGAGCGGCAUAGUGCCCUUUGGGGAUCGCACGCUGUCCACGGCCAGCAUGUUUCAGCGCAUUGCAUCGGCUGCGUCUGUGGAUCAUCUGGAUCCGGCCAGCGAUGAGUCGCUGGACUCGGGCCGCUUGCAAACACGCUCGCAUUCCAUACCGAACGGCGUCCUGGCCAGCGAACUGGAGCCGCUUAAUAAUAACAACAACAACAACACGAGCCAUGGCCAUGGCAAGCACGGCGCACUGUUCACCAUGGGCGGACACAAUAUAUCCAUAACGACAACGGCGCCCAGUAUACCCAACCUAACAAGUAUUAAUGAGAGAACCAACUCCGGUAAUUCCAUAAACAGCAGCAACUACAGCAACAACAACAGUCUCAGUGCGCUGAAUACGAUAACAGCUGCACCGCCAGCUGGCAGCAGCAACAGCAGUCGGGUGAAGCAAUCGAAUCCGCGACGACUGAGCAUCAAACAGGAUCAGCUGCCCAUCGAUUCCAUGUGCUGAUAUUCAACCCGAGCGAGCGAGCGGAGCGAAGCGAACCCAAACUGAUGUCGUAUUCUAAGUGUAGGCUCCUAGAAUUCUAGUUAGAGUACAGAUAUACAUAUAUAUAUAGAUUGAUAGAUAGAUAUAAGCAGAGCGCUCACUCAAAUGUAGCUCUGUUAGCUGUGAACUCCUAAAGAUCCCUAGCAAGCGCAUACCCCCUCCCCACACACCAGCAGCAGGUCGUCCUGACCAACGUCCCUGGUUUAUAUUAAGAAAAAGAAAAAAAAAACAAAAAGUUGAUGAAAAUUGAUGAUUUUAGUAUAUUUUUUCCUU